CCAGUUCCUGUGGAAAUAACACACCAAAACGCAAGCGCGAGUGAUCAUUAUUAGCGAUCCAGCCGAUCAUCCGGGUGUCUGCGUUUGAAGGCAAAGUAGCUAACACGUACACACCGGCGCAAAAAAGAAGAACUGAGAAACGAACCGAACCGAACGAAAAAAAGAACACACAUACAAAACACAUGUGUGUCCAUGUGUGUUUGAUCGACAGCGGCCACGCGUAUAGUCGUUGCGAUUGAUUUCCAAUUUGAUCCGACGUCAGGGAACAUUAGUGGCGCGUUGGCGAUUACGAAAUCACUAUUAGCUUGGAAGCAGAGAGAAUCAAAAAAAAAAAAAUCGGGAGUAAAAAUCACCGACCCAAGCGACCUUCGGUUGAUUGUGAAAACUCGUGGAAUUAUACAAUAGUAACUGCUGAGCGAUACUAACCUGUGGUGUGGUGUGUAUGUUAAAUCCGAUCCAGCAUUCCUCCAUCCAGCAUCCAGCGUUCCAACCCGUUACUAACGUUACUAUGCGGUUACUUUGGUGCUCUAAAUCAUACCCGAAUGAACCGGAAAAGGUGUGCAAUAAUCGAAAGUAAACCAUUUGUGUGUGGUUUUUUUUGUUCAUGCCCCGAAUCGAGGUGUUCAACAAGUAACGUGUGGUACUGGAAGCAAUCGUCGUUACACCCGAUGAGUGCGUCUUGGUGGUGUGGAAAGGCAUCAACGUGGACGCGUGGUAACGUGUACAGUGACAGCGAAAGUGUGGCUACGAAAGAUCGAAGUUAACGCAAACUGAGUGUUGUUUCAGUGAUAGUACUUACACCAUCCUUCCCACGCUUUCAGUCUGGUGCCAAAAGUUGUUAGUUUAAGUGUAGUUUUGUCGACCGUACUACAUACACCUCAGCUGAUCCGCCCUUUUGCGUAUUAGUGCCUUUAUCAGUGUCAGUGUGUGUGUGUGUUACAAAAGAUACAGAAGACCGUCCGAUAGAAAAUGCCGCUUCCAGAAUUCCUCAACCCAACACCGGCCCAGGUGGCCGAACUGCGGCAGCUGUUCAAGGAGAAGCUAGAAAGGGAUGCAGCAAAAGUUCCAGCGGGUGGCUUCCACGAGCAUGAUAUGAGGUGGGUUUUUGAAGGCGACGGCUGGUUGACCAAGUUCCUGGAGAACAAUGACCUCAACAUGAAGGAAUCGUUGAAGCAGCUCUGGGAAACGUUGGAGUGGAGAAAAAGCUCCGGCAUCAAUGAAAUUCGUGAAGAUAACAUUCGCAUGGAAUACAUUAACGACGGGUUAAUGUAUCCCCGAGGACGCGACGUCGACGGCAAGACCGUGUUCAUCUUCAGAUCGAAGCUGUACGUGCGGGGGACCCGCAACCUGGACGACCUGAAAAAGUGCUUCCUGUACUGGAUCGAGCGAAUCAUUCGCGAAGCGAACGACGAUCUGGUGACGAUCGUGUUCGAUCUGACCGAUGCCGGACUCAGCAACGUCGACAUGGACUACACGAAGUACAUUAUCAACACGUUCAAAAACUACUAUCCCUGCUCUCUGAACUACAUUCUCAUCUAUGAUCUUCCAUGGAUAUUGAACGCCACCUUCCAAAUCAUCAAAAAGCUCCUGCCCGCCAAAGCCGUCGACCGGUUACGGAAUAUUAGCAGUAAAAACAUUCGCGAGUACAUCGAUGACGACAACAUGCCUCGGAGCUGGGGCGGCAAGGACGAUUACGUGUUUCAGUUCGUGCCGGAAAGGCGGAAAUCCAUGGAGUUACCGUUAACGCAAAACGGUAUUCAGAAUGGCAUCCUCUCGAAAAAGGUUCACUUUGCCAACCUUAGCCCACCAGAGUCCCCAAUGCUGGACAAACCAAGUACCACUUUUCAGGCAGAGUCCAGCGAAGGAGAAAUGUUACGGAUAAAGCCACAAAACACCAUUACGUUCUCGCGAUUGGGCAAUGAUCUGGUCGGUACGGUCGAAAUCACCAAUGUCGACACGAAAGAUGUGUCCUACAAGGUGAAAACGACCGCGCCGGAAAAGUUCCGUGUACGUCCCAGUACCGGCGUUCUGCCGCCGUCUGCAAGCGUGAACAUCAACGUAAUGCUACAGCAGGGCCAACAGAUGCACACAAUCAAUAGAGAAAAGUUUCUAGUGAUGUGUAUCGGACUGACGGAUGAAAUUUCCACCAACCCGCAGGAUUUAACCGAACUGUGGAAGAAAAUCUCGGCCAAGAGCUCCUCGGUAGAGCAGCAUCGUCUGAAGUGCGCACUGCCGGCGAACUGUGACGAGAGCGGUCUCGAAUCGAUGUUCGGUGGGGCCGGCAACGUGAUCGCCGGGCCGGACCAGUACGGUGUGAUGAGCGGCUCGUUCGGCGGCAGUAGCAUGAUGGGCAUGGGUGCGGACAAGCAGAUGUCGCUGCUGCAGCAAACGAUUUCGCACCUGAACGAAACUACGCACCGGCUGGAGGUGCAGGUAAAGCGGAAUCAUCGGUUCCAGUGGAUUACCUGCGUGCUGUUCGUGCUGCUCGCGUUAGCCAUCGUGUACAUACUGAAGAUAGAGAUUAAGAGUCAUGCUUCGGAGUAUUGCACCACGGCUGAAAGAAACCAUUGAAAGGGGGGUGUAACAACACAAUCCCAUCCCAGCACCGUUUUCGAGCAUCCGAUAUAAGCUCCUUCAUUCCCGGGUUAGCUUUCGUGUUUCGUGCGUUCUUCUUUAUGUAUUGUUCAGUAUGUGCACUAAAAACAAAGCAAAAACGUCAUUUCAUCCGGGGUAAAACCGGGUUUCUUUAAAGCCCUUCACUUCGCUCAGUUUCGUUUGUAUUUUAGUUUGGUAAUUGUAAACCGUUAGGUUCUUUUGUUCUUUGCUACGGGUGGAAUAUGUUGUCUUGCGUCUCCUACGGUAGGGUUAUUUUAUGAAGUAAAUUAUUCGUUAGUUAAUGGUAGAAUA